AUGGGAAGUAGGCUUACUGUGAUGCAAUCCAGAGCCGAGACCGUCGCAUGCCGACUACACAACACUGACAUUGAGAUGGAUAUAAUAAAAGACAAAACGCAAUGCGACCAUGUCCAAUUCCUGAUAACAGAAGUCAAGAAGGAUGGGCAAAAAACCCCUACGAAGAGGAGGAAUGUGACAAGAGUCAUAGCUAGUGGUCCACCGAGAGUAAGCCCACGUACGUUUUGCAAGAUCUUCCCAUUCCACUUCCUGUUUGAUCGAAACCUUCAGAUUCGCCAAGUCGGGGAGAAGAUAGCCAGCCUCCUUCCGAAAAAUAGGGACAUAAGGUCUUUUCUGCUCACCGACCUCAUGGAUCCGAUCCGGCCUCAUCUGGAUUUGACUUACAACAACAUCGUAUCUCACAUAAACACUGUUUAUGUGAUGAAGUCGAAAGAAGGCGUUAUGAUAGACAAGGGAAACAAGGCCAACAAGGAGCCGAGUAUCAGGCUGAAGGGACAGAUGGUAUAUAUCCCAGAAAACGAUUUUUUAUGUUUUCUUUGUUAUCCAAGUGUUAUUAACCUCGAUGAUUUAAUCAACCGUGGUCUCCACAUUUCCGACUUACCCUUGCAUGACUCAACAAGGGAUUUGGUCUUGAUGUCUGAGCAGUUCGAAGCCGACUAUAAACUUACUCGCGACUUGGAAAUAUUGACAGACAAGCUACAACAAACCUACAGGGAUCUAGAUGCGGAGAAGCAAAAAACUGACAGGCUUUUGUACUCGGUAUUGCCAGUUUCUGUGGCUACCGAACUACGAAACAACAGGACCGUUCAUCCCCGCAGAUACGACUGCGUGACCCUCCUCUUCUCUGGAAUUGUUGGCUUCAGUGACUACUGCGCUGCUAAUACAGAUUCCGCUGGAGCGAUGAAGAUAGCUAAUCUUCUCAACAGCGUCUACACUGGAUUCGAUGUCCUUACUGACCCUGCAAAGAACCCAAAUAUUUAUAAGGUGGAGACAGUUGGGGACAAAUACAUGGCAGUGAGUGGUCUUCCAGAGCCCUGUGAGGAGCACGCUAGGUGCAUUGCCCGCCUCGCUCUGGACAUGAUGGAUGUAGCCAAGCAGUGUACUAUGGAUGGUAAACCCGUUAGGCUGACUAUCGGGAUCCACAGCGGAGAAGUGGUAACAGGUGUCAUUGGCCACAUGAUGCCCCGAUAUUGUCUCUUCGGCAACACAGUUAACAUCUCUUCUCGUACUGAGACCACUGGCUCCCCCGGCAAGAUUAACAUCUCUGAGGAAACCUACAAGUAA